AUGGUCUCUGUGACGGUUUGGGCAUACAUCAAGGGCUACUGUAAACGCAACGGGCUGCUGACGCUCUCGGUCAUCGCCGUGGUUUCCGGCUGUGUGCUCGGAUUCUCCCUCCGCAGCUUCAACCUUUCCACGCAGGCUAAGAUCUACUUCUCGUUCCCUGGAGAACUGCUGAUGAGGAUGUUGAAGAUGCUGAUCCUGCCUCUCAUCACGUCCAGUCUGAUGUCGGGGCUGUCAGCCAUGGACACUAAGGCCAGCGGGCGGCUGGGGGUGCUAACCAUCACUUACUACCUGUGGACCACCUUCAUCGCUGUCAUCGUCGGCAUCAUCCUGGUGCUGGUCAUCCACCCUGGUACGGGCACAGAGAAGGACGGGCACAGAGGAGGGUCAGGGCCCGUUAUGACUUCUGCUGACGCUCUGCUGGACCUCAUCAGGAACAUGAUUCCCUCCAAUCUGAUAGAGGCAACUUUUCAACAGUACCGUACAGACCUGGUGCCCAUAGUGGCCUCCAGUUUGGUGGAGUCCCAGGCCAACUACGUCUACGUGAUGCCCGACCACAACAACCCUCAGCUGGGCCACCCGGUCUUCCUGGAGAUCACCCCAGCUCCAGACAUCAAGUACAAGAUCGUCCCUGGCCACAGCUCUGGCAUGAACGUACUGGGGAUUGUCAUCUUCUCUGCUACUAUGGGUUUGCUCCUGGGGAAGAUGGGUGAGAGAGGCGCUCCAUUGGUCAAUGUGUGUCAGUGUGUCAACGAGUGUGUUAUGAAGAUCAUCAAUGCUGCCAUGUGGUAUUUCCCUUUCGGCAUUGUGUUCCUGGUAGCAGGGAAGAUCCUGGACAUGCAUGACCCCGCCCACCUGGGAGAGAAGCUGGGGAUGUACUUCAUCACAGUGUUAGCCGGCCUGUUUGUCCACGGACUCAUCCUGCUGCCGUUCUUCUACUUUGUGAUCACACGCAAAAACCCCUUCACCUACAUCAGAGGCCUGCUACAGGCUCUGGUCAUCGCCCUGGCAACCUCCUCCAGUUCUGCCACCCUGCCCAUCACCAUGAAGUGUCUGUUGGAGAACUGUGGAGUGGACAGACAGAUCGCCAGGUUUGUCCUUCCAGUGGGAGCCACCAUCAACAUGGAUGGGACAGCCCUCUACGAGGCCGUGGCAGCCAUUUUUAUCGCUCAGGUCAACGAGUACGAACUGGACUUUGGUCAGCUGGUCACCAUCAGUAUCACAGCGACAGCGGCCAGUAUCGGGGCUGCUGGGAUUCCGCAGGCAGGCCUGGUUACCAUGGUGAUUGUCUUGACCUCUGUGGGGCUUCCUCCCGCUGACAUCACACUGAUCGUGGCCAUCGACUGGGUCCUGGAUCGUUUCAGGACCAUGAUCAAUGUGUUGGGAGACGCUCUGGCUGCAGGCAUCAUGUGUCACCUCUGUAAGAAGGACUUUGAGAGGAGGGAGUCAAACGCUAACUCUGCCCGGAGGGACACAGUGAUCUCCUUCGGUGGCCAGAGUGUCCAGAGUUGUGCCCUGUCCGAGGCUCCUCUCAUGGACUAUGCCCAUCGCUGUGACUAUGUCUACGAGGUGGAAGGUGACUGUGUCACAGAGAAAUCUGGCCCCACUUACAACCUGUGUCAGGUUUAGGAGAAACCCGUUCCCUGUUACAAUCUGUGACCUUUGUUACAAAGAAACCGGUCCCCGGCUGCAACCUGUAUCACAGAGAAACCGGUCCCCUUCUACAUGCAGUGUCACAAACAAACCCGUCCCCUGCUACAACCUGCGUCACAGACAAACUCUGUUUGGUCUGAGACACUUUCACUGGACAGACAGCAGGGGGCACUGCCCGCCUUCAACAGAGACCUUUCUAUUCACAUGAAUAUACGUAGAGUUGUCCUGAUAUCAAUGGCUAUGGACUGGGGAAUUACAAUAGGACUGGGAAACAACCCUGCACUGAAAAAGAGUUUGCACUUUUCUGAUGUGGAUUUAUCAGGAGUUGACUAUAAUGUCCUCUGAUGGAUCAGUUGAUGACUGAUGGUGUGCUCACACCACUAAGUCACUUUGGUUAGUGUCUGGUAAAUGUUCAACGUUUUACUGUCUGAUGAUCACACCUGUGCCAUGAUGAGGAAGCAGGUUUUCCUCAUCAUUUUGUGACUGGCUGUCUAGGCUACUGUAACCUACCAGUGACACGGACUUAUACAAUAGGUCCACUAGGGUACAUGUUAUGUCCGAGUCAGUUUUCCUUCUUUAGCUCAAUGCAGAUUCUGCUCAGGACACCAUUUUGGUGCCACAAUGUACUGCAGUACAGCACAUUUUCUAGGCAACCAGGUGGCAUUAUGGACACCAUUGUGGUUCAAUGUACUGGGGACUGUAAAGAUAGAUGGCAAGAACUUUCAGAGUUUUUUGAAACCUUGUUUGGUAUCAGAAUGGCUAUAGAUACUUGCAUGAAGAUACAAUGUUUUAGGACAGGAGUAUUCAACUCUGACCCUAUGAGGUCCAGAGCCAGCAGGCUUCCUGUUCUACCUGCUAAUUAAUUACACCCACCUGGUGUCCCAGGUCUAAAUCAGUCCCUGAUUAGAGGGGAACAACGAAGAAAACGCAGUGCAACUAACUUCGAGAUCCAGAGUUGAGUUUGAGGGUUCUAGAGAUAUAUAACGGUAGUUUAACACACAACUGUGUGUGAAUAUUCUUUAUUUAGUAAUAGUUUUUUUAAAUGGUUAAACUUAAAUGUUGCACUUGCACAUUUUUUUUAAUUUUGCAGUCAGGUUUUGGAGUUGCCUUAAAAUGUUCUCAAUAACCAGCCACCGUUGCUGAGAAUGUUGCAACCGUGAAAGUGCUGAAAUUGAUAGGACUUUAUACUGAAAAUGAGUUUAAACAUACUAUGGGUAAAACCCCUCAUCGCUACCUCUUGUCAACUGAACUAUAACACAUACAGAACGGAUAACUGAUAUUUCAAUGUCUUAUUGGUAGAUUUACAGUAGAUUUCACAGUGAUGUACAUCUUUCAACACCUAGGAUCUUGAAGAAACUCCUCAAAAUGUUUUUUUUAUAGAAAUGAAACUUGUGUAUAUGCAAGAUACUUGUAGUUAUUUUCUAAUCCAAUUUGAAGUGUAAUGAUUUGAG